AGAGAGGUGAGUGCCUGGCCGUCCCGGAGUGUCCCCUGGAGGGAAGAGGGUGGAGGUCGCGCGUCUAGUCUCUGUUGCUGCCACUGUCGCGUCCACUCCCAUUCCCUUCUCCCACUUCUCCCUUCUCUCCUUUACUCCCUUGCACGGGUUCGAAUUCUCCCAGGAGCCACUGUCAGAACCCAAAUUGGAAGGGAGUGCAUGAGGGAGGUACUGCCCUGCAGCUCCACGGACUCGUCUUCUCGGGUCAUCCCGAGUCCCCGCCUCUGUGGAGCUCAGAGUAGGAGGUGGCUGGAGUCUGGAGGAAGAGGAUCCGUAUGGGCCAGGUCCCUAGAGAGAGUGCUGGACUCCCCUGCCCUUCCCUGUACAGGGCCUCCCCGCAGGUGCCCUGGCUUGCUUGGUUCUGACCCCUCCCUCAUUACCCCACCAUGACCCUGCGGGCUGCAAGCAAGCCCAGGGCCCAGCCACCUCGGGUGAGCAGUUAGAAGCCCAGGUCCUAGGACUGAGCCUGUCACCCUUGGCCUCUCAGAAGACCAGGCCUAAGCCAAGGGAUCUUUGGGUGGGAAACUGGGCAGGCCUUCCGCCCGGGUGGAGGUAACUGAGCAUUAGCACCAUGCCCCCACCUUCUGGCACCCUGGGCAGCCCAUUCUCCUAGGCUCUUUGUGGCCCAGACCAGGUGUCAGGAAGGGGUGUGUCCAGCCAGCAGAUUUUUUGGAGCUUAACUACCAGUUCAUUUCCCCGCCCAUUUUGUAAACCCGGGAACCGAGGCUCAAAGGGAGAAGUUGCUACCCCAGGCCUCUAGUGGAGUUAGGCUGGCUGUCCUUUCAUCCCCAGCUAUACAGGGCUGGAUGGCUGUGGGUGGAAGGAAACCAGGCAGGCACCUUCACCCACUGGGGACACAGGCCCCCAGCCCGGCCCCAGAGGGACCUUGUUGGUUGAGCACGUGCUUCCCUGCAGAGGGCUGGAGGGAGUGAAAGGGCUUCCGGCUCCAGCUGUGGCUGGGUCGGCUAGCAGGAGAUGUGGGGAAUGUGUGGUGUAUGGUCAUCUGUGUGGUGUGGCAGGAAGGUCCGGUCCUGGCCCCGGCUCUGAGUUGAAACAACCUGGUGGUCAGUCCUGACCCAGCGCUCGCCACACCUAUGGCCCAGCUGGCACAGGAGCAGCCAAGUUCAGAAUAUAAAUGGGGUCACAUGGGAACCGUGGAAGCUCUGUCUCCACUGGCAGCAGGCUACAGACUGGGGACAUGGGAGCAUUGUGAGAGUGGGGACACCCAGGGGGCCUGUUUCAAGCUCCUAGUACCCUGGCGGUUCCAGUGUCUUUCUUGGUUGUGGCCACAGCAGGAACAGGGCAAGGACAGCAGGGGUGAGGUUGAGGCCUGGCAGGAUCCUCUGGCCCAGGAGAGCAGGCAGUGCCCUGGUGGGUGCUGAGCAGUGUCUGGGCUCCCUUGGAGCUGCUGGCAGUUUUGUCCUGCUGGGUCCCUGCUCACAAUUUAGGGUUUUUUUGUUUUUUCACUUUUUUUUCUGGCUGUCCUGACAUGCACAGUGGAGGGGACCCAGAUGUCCUGGGCCUGUGAGACUCCCCUCACAUGGCCCCACACCCAGCCCUAACUUCCUUUCCAGCCUGAGGGACUGGGGCUGGAGCCUGACAUGGUUAGCUCCCUCCCACCCCAGUCAGCCUUUUUAAUUUUUAUUUUAUUUUAUUUUAUUUUAUUUUUUUACCAACUGGGAGCUGUGAAGGUGUGAUCCAGGGUCCCAGGGCCUUUGAAGAAAGGAGUCUGGCUUCUGGCUGGCACGUGUGCAGGGAUGUGCUUUUCAUUGCUCUAAUGGUACCAAGUGACAGAUUGGCUUUACUGUGACUCGGGGACGCCAGAGCUCCUGAGAAGAUGUCAGCAAUACAGGCCGCCUGGCCAUCCGGUACAGAAUGUAUUGCCAAGUACAACUUCCACGGCACUGCCGAGCAGGACCUGCCCUUCUGCAAAGGAGACGUGCUCACCAUUGUGGCCGUCACCAAGGACCCCAACUGGUACAAAGCCAAAAACAAGGUGGGCCGUGAGGGCAUCAUCCCAGCCAACUACGUCCAGAAGCGGGAGGGCGUGAAGGCGGGUACCAAACUCAGCCUCAUGCCUUGGUUCCACGGCAAGAUCACACGGGAGCAGGCUGAGCGGCUUCUGUACCCGCCGGAGACAGGCCUGUUCCUGGUGCGGGAGAGCACCAACUACCCCGGAGACUACACGCUGUGCGUGAGCUGCGACGGCAAGGUGGAGCACUACCGCAUCAUGUACCAUGCCAGCAAGCUCAGCAUCGACGAGGAGGUGUACUUUGAGAACCUCAUGCAGCUGGUGGAGCACUACACCUCAGACGCAGAUGGACUCUGUACGCGCCUCAUUAAACCAAAGGUCAUGGAGGGCACAGUGGCGGCCCAGGAUGAGUUCUACCGCAGCGGCUGGGCCCUGAACAUGAAGGAGCUGAAGCUGCUGCAGACCAUCGGGAAGGGGGAGUUCGGAGACGUGAUGCUGGGCGAUUACCGAGGGAACAAAGUCGCUGUCAAGUGCAUUAAGAACGACGCCACUGCCCAGGCCUUCCUGGCUGAAGCCUCAGUCAUGACGCAACUGCGGCAUAGCAACCUGGUGCAGCUCCUGGGCGUGAUCGUGGAGGAGAAGGGUGGGCUCUACAUCGUCACUGAGUACAUGGCCAAGGGGAGCCUCGUGGACUACCUGCGGUCUCGGGGUCGGUCAGUGCUGGGCGGAGACUGUCUCCUCAAGUUCUCGCUAGAUGUCUGCGAGGCCAUGGAAUACCUGGAGGGCAACAAUUUCGUGCAUCGAGACCUGGCUGCCCGCAAUGUGCUGGUGUCUGAGGACAACGUGGCCAAGGUCAGCGACUUUGGUCUCACCAAGGAGGCGUCCAGCACCCAGGACACGGGCAAGCUGCCAGUCAAGUGGACAGCCCCUGAGGCCCUGAGAGAGAAGAAAUUCUCCACUAAGUCUGACGUGUGGAGUUUCGGAAUCCUUCUCUGGGAAAUCUACUCCUUUGGGCGAGUGCCUUAUCCAAGAAUUCCCCUGAAGGACGUCGUCCCUCGGGUGGAGAAGGGCUACAAGAUGGAUGCCCCCGACGGCUGCCCGCCCGCAGUCUAUGAGGUCAUGAAGAACUGCUGGCACCUGGACGCCGCCAUGCGGCCCUCCUUCCUACAGCUCCGAGAGCAGCUUGAGCACAUCAAAACCCACGAGCUGCACCUGUGACGGCUGGCCUCCGCCUGGGUCAUGGGCCUGUGGGGACUGAACCUGGAAGAUCAUGGACCUGGUGCCCCUGCUCACUGGGCCCGAGCCUGAACUGAGCCCCAGCGGGCUGGCGGGCCUUUUUCCUGCGUCCCAGCCUGCACCCCUCCGGCCCCGUCUCUCUUGGACCCACCUGUGGGGCCUGGGGAGCCCACUGAGGGGCCAGGGAGGAAGGAGGCCACGGAGCGGGAGGCAGCGCCCCACCACGUCGGGCUUCCCUGGCCUCCCGCCACUCGCCUUCUUAGAGUUUUAUUCCUUUCCUUUUUUGAGAUUUUUUUUCCGUGUGUUUAUUUUUUAUUAUUUUUCAAGAUAAGGAGAAAGAAAGUACCCAGCAAAUGGGCAUUUUACAAGAAGUACGAAUCUUAUUUUUCCUGUCCUGCCCGUGAGGGUGGGGGGGACCGGGCCCCUCUCUAGGGACCCCUCGCCCCAGCCUCAUUCCCCAUUCCGUGUCCCAUGUCCCGUGUCUCCUCGGUCGCCCCGUGUUUGCGCUUGACCAUGUUGCACUGUUUGCAUGCGCCCGAGGCAGACGUCUGUCAGGGGCUUGGAUUUCGUGUGCCGCUGCCACCCGCCCACCCGCCUUGUGAGAUGGAAUCGUAAUAAACCACGCCAUGAGGACACCGCCGCCCGCCUCGGCGCUUCCUCCACCGA